AUGCAUCUUUCUGUGCUCCUCUUCACGCUUUGCCCGCUGGUCUUCGGUGAUAGCUUGGAGAUCAUGGACGUGGGUGGUCUGUGUUAUAUCUACUCGAACAGCACACGAGGCUGUACAGGAUCCUCGGAGGUUAUUGCGGUAUUAAAUGGCACUUCUUGCUCCAAUCUCAGCACGAUAGGGCGCAACAAGCGCACCGAGACAAACGCAGUCAAUGUGACCGUCUGUGGUGCUCAGCGACAAGCUGGUCAGGAGCUUGCUUGGAUCACAGCUGACAAGAGCGGCCUUCUGACGUUUCAGAACAUCGGAGGAGACACGGCAAACUGUACAAUCGGCAAAGAGUUCGAGGUGGGAACUUUCUGCUCUGCUCUCAAUGGUAGUUCGAUUGAAACAGCCACAGAAAAGCCUACAUUGAUCUCAUCUACCAAGGUUAUAGAAUUCAGCACUGUUGCGCCCUCGAGCAUGAAUCUGGUGCCGUCCAAGGCCGUCUCGAUGGAUUGCUAA